UCUCUCUCUCUCUUUCAUCCUCUCCAUUAUUCUUCCUUGAGAGAAAUCCAAUAUUUCCUCUCAUCUCAUGGAGAGUAGUAAUUGGGAAAAUCCAAUUUCAUCAACAUCAAGAAGAAAUCACUGUCGUAACCCUUCCUUCUCCUCCACUCUCCUCGACCAAAUCUACCGCUCCAUCGACGACGAUUAUUCCCCUCCCGUCGAAUCCACUAUGAUGAUUACUACUAAGAAGAUUCAUCAUCAUCAACACCGUCACGCGUACCAAGAUCAUCCACCGGAAAAACUCGUCUUUCACCGCCGUUCUAUCGCCGCCGAUUUCGAGAGAUCAUCCACAAGGAAGACCAACAACACCGACUCCGUUUUCCUUCCAUACUCCAAUAACAACUCCGCCUGCUCCUCCGACUCCACCGGCGGAUUCUCCUCUUCCGAAUCCGUCUCCUCUCCGCCGCCGACUACUCGUCAACCGAAACCCAUUCGAACAACAUCCGUCGAGAGAUUCGACCAGAAACCUAACACUAGUAAACAAGAACUCGGCGGUUUCUUGAGAACCAAGUCAAAGGCCUUGAAAAUCUACACAGAUUUGAAAAAAGUCAAACAUCCGAUCUCUCCCGGCGGACGACUCGCCGCUUUCCUCAACUCCCUCUUCACCAACGCCGCUAGUAGUAACCCUAGGAAGCCCAAGAAAACUUCGGAGCCGGCGGUUUCCUCCUCCUCAACGACCUGCUCCUCCGCGUCUUCUUUCUCCAGGUCUUGCCUGAGCAAAACGCCGUCGUCUAGCGGGAAAUCGAAAAGGUCCGUACGGUUCUGUCCGGUGAAUGUGAUCCUCGACGAAGAUUCUUCCUCCAUCCACCACAUCCCUUACGGUUACAACAACGAACGCCACGUCAUGGAGGAGGAGAAUCGCCGUGUUAUCGAAGCGGCCAAGGAUCUUAUCAGAACUUACCAGAAGAUGAAGAACAAGGAUCACUUGGCCAUGCACGCAGAUGAUGUCACCAACGUUGACGACGUCGAAGAGGACGAUGAUGACGCGGCGAGUUACGCGAGCUCCGAUCUGUUCGAGUUGGAGAAUCUUUCUGCGAUUGGGAUCGAGAGGUAUCAAGAAGAGUUGCCGGUCUACGAGACCACUCGUCUUGAUAAUACGAAUCGACCCAUUUCUACUGCUUUACUUGUAUAAUUAUUAUCAUUAGUUGUUAUAUUAAGUGGUUGGUGGGUGAUUAGUUUUAGAUAAUUUAAUACGGUCUUUUUUUUCCUUCCUCUUGAGGCUAUUAUUAUUAUGUUUUACCGUUUUCUAAAACGGUUUUUUU